AGCUCAGUAGUGCCACUACCGAGGUCGGAGUCGGAGUCGAGACUCGUGGUCCACCGGGUGAUCAACACAGUCCGCCGAGCCGCUUCGCUGCAGCGUGAGAAUUUCAUUACCACUCUCAACUGUAACUUGCGUCCUGUUCUAAUAUAUUUUUAUUACGGCAACAAUUAUUAAUUAAUAAUUUUAAUUAUAAUUAACGACAAAUACAUAUAUAUUUAUAAUUUUAAAUAUAUAUUGUACAUAUAAUACACCAUCAGUUAUUUUAAAAUCAGAAUCAGAAUAGGAGGUCGUUAAACGACGCUCAGAAGUGACGUGACGUUUCUUUGUGCUCGCCUCGGUUUUUUUUUAAUUUAUCCCGAGUUUUUUUUUUUUUAUUUUGAAGAAGAAAAAUUCCGAGACUUGACAUGUUGAUUUUACUUGAUAGAUAAAGUGACAGGUGAUGUGUGAGUACAAUUACUAUUGAAGUAACAACACAAAACAAGUGAAGAAAUAUUAAUAAUAAUUAAAAGAAGGAAUAAUAGAGUUGUUUAUAAUUAUAAUAAAAGUGACAGCUGAUAAAGCGAAGCAGGGUGUCAGUUGUUGUUGUUGUAAAAUAUUAUGUCAAAGAUCGGCUUUCGAUAGCCGGGAAAUAAAAAUAAUAAUAAUAAAAGGUGCGCAUGUGUCCAGUGGGAUUUUACAAUAAACUUCUUGACACCUCUCUGGAUACUUUUACAGUGCCUACAUCUGGACUGUCUCAUGUCAGAAUGGCGCUGGCGCGACACCCGGUGAGCGACUGUGCACCUCAAACGUCGCGGGUUAGUUCAAAUUUACACAGCAGUAGUAGCAUGGCGGUAAGCCGUGUUCCGAGCCCGCCGCCACUAGAAGUUAACACCCCAGUUGCUGAAAAUUGGUGUUAUACACAGGUGAAGGUGGUGAAAUUCAGCUACAUGUGGACGAUCAAUAACUUCAGUUUUUGCAGAGAAGAAAUGGGGGAGGUUCUCAAAUCUUCGACAUUCUCUGCAGGGGCCAAUGAUAAACUUAAAUGGUGCCUGAGAGUUAAUCCUAAAGGCUUGGAUGAAGAAAGCAAGGAUUAUUUAUCACUCUAUCUGCUUCUCGUGUCUUGUAAUAAAUCAGAAGUUAGAGCAAAGUUCAAAUUUUCAAUUCUUAAUGCCAAAAGAGAAGAAACCAAAGCUAUGGAGAGCCAACGAGCCUACAGGUUUGUCCAAGGCAAGGACUGGGGCUUUAAAAAAUUCAUAAGAAGAGACUUCCUGUUAGAUGAAGCCAAUGGUUUAUUGCCAGACGAUAAACUAACGAUAUUUUGUGAGGUCAGUGUAGUAGCAGAUAGUGUCAAUAUUUCCGGUCAAAGUAAUACAAUCCAAUUCAAAGUACCAGAAUGCCGAUUACCAGAAGAUCUUGGAACACUUUUCGAAAGCCAAAAAUUCAGUGACGUUACAUUAACUGUCUGUGGUAAUGAAUUCAGAGCGCACAAAGCUAUUCUAGCAGCGCGUAGUCCAGUUUUCUCCGCGAUGUUUGAACAUGAAAUGGAGGAGCGCAAGCAGAAUCGUGUGGAUAUAACAGACGUAGAUUACGAGGUUCUAAAAGAGAUGCUGAGAUUUAUUUACACGGGCAAAGCGACAAAUCUUGAGAAAAUGGCGGACGAUUUGUUGGCUGCGGCGGAUAAAUAUGCUCUCGAAAGGCUCAAAGUCAUGUGCGAAGAGGCACUUUGUACAAAUUUAGCAAUCGAUAAUGCGGCGGAAAUUCUUAUACUUGCCGAUCUUCACAGUGCAGAUCAGUUAAAAGCACAGGCCAUAGACUUUAUUAAUACACAUGCUACAGACGUAAUGGAUACAUCUGGUUUCAAAACGAUGGUGAAUACGCAUCCACACUUAAUAGCGGAGGCAUUUCGUGCCCUAGCGACGCAACAAAUACCGCCGAUCGGACCGCCUCGCAAACGUGUGAAACAAAGCUGAAAGCAAUCAUCAUUACCAUUGAUACCGGGCACAACAACAGUGUCUUCACCGCCCCACCUACAUCCCUCUUGACUUUAUUUUCGUGUACAGUGAGAUAUAAUACGCGUAGUGCUAAAAUUAAUUAAUAAAUAAAAUAAAUAAAUAAAUAAUAAAAUAAUAAUAAAUAAAUAAAUGUUUCCUAGUGCGACCACCCAUUUCUUUGUCGGCCGUCGCAACGACUAGUGUCCAUGGUCCGUGAUAAUUAAAACAGGAGUUAAAUGUCGAUUUAAUUAAAAAUUAAUAAUAAAUAAACUCACGGCCAGUUAAGCGGGUGUCCGCAAACUUUUGUUGUGUUCAGUGAGCGUCGGUAGUGUGUCAAAUAAUUAAAUAAACUCAUUAAAGUGCAACGAAUGUCAUGAGAUAUUUUUUAAAAAAUUCUCGAAUUUUUGAGAAUUAAUAUUUAUUUAUUAUUUGUAUACCCACCAAUUGAGUUUUUUACCCACCUUUAAUACCCGUCCUUUAUUGAUCGCCGUUUUAUCUCUGUCUGGGAAGAAAAUAUGUCCAAGUUGAUAUUAAUGUCAGCAUCAAGGGGAUAAUUAUCAACACUUGAAGAUCAAGAACCUUCAAAUGAAAAUUUUCUGAGGAUAUUGAUGAAAA